UAUUCGGAGUUCAAGUUGCCACGCGGCACCGGCGCGCCGGCCUGAAUGUUCGCAGUCUCAAAACACGCUAGAAGCCGUGAAGCACGCCGCAAUUCAGUUGAGCGAAUGAUCUAGAUAGGUACCGUGUUACACAGACACAGUCGACCGUACUCGAGGAGAACAUCUUCAUUGCUCGCCGCAGUGCAAUUCGUCGCAAAGGUUAUACGCGCAAAGGAUUAAUUAUCAUUUUUUAGGCUUUUUCCAAUUGUCAUCCAAAAACGAACUAUGUCUGCUGCCGCUGUUGUUAAACGACUCGUUCCUUUGUUUGAUAGAGUUCUUAUCCAAAGGGCAGAAGCUGUUACCAAAACUAAAGGUGGCAUUGUCAUCCCUGAGAAAGCCCAGGGCAAGGUAUUGAAAGGAACAGUUGUCGCAGUUGGACCAGGAUCCAGAAAUGAGAAAGGAGAACAUAUUACACCAAGCAUCAAGGUUGGCGAUGUAGUGUUACUACCUGAAUAUGGAGGUACUAAAGUCGAGCUAGAAGAUAAAAAAGAGUUUCACUUAUUCCGUGAGGCAGAUAUUUUGGCUAAGUUGGAGGAAUAAACAAAAGUUAAUUUACUCGAUAGAACGUUAUUUGAUACAUUAUCAGUGUUUAAUUUUUACUUUUUAGAAAAUGUUGACGACAAGAGUUUUGUCAAAUAAACUUUUCAAGUCAUUUAGUUGGUAACCAACAUUGUUUCAUUUAUGAUAUUAAUAAUAAAAUAUUCAAAAUGAAAAA